AAAUCUGUUUGUUUUAUUACAUUUGUGAUAAAAAGUAAGAAAAACUAUUAGUAUUAUAUACUAAAACUGAUGAACUACAGUCCGAAAAGAAAAAAGUAUCGUUUUUGGUACAAUUACUACGGAUUCAACAUCGAACUACAAGUUCCAUGAAAUGAAACUCUCUGAAAUAUUGUCCAAAGUAAGCUGCACAUGCUGACGAAUGGAACACGGUUCUUUUCGGGUACUACAGAAAAGUUGAAGUGUGCUAACCAUCGGAUCCUUCAAUUAUAUGGAAACAUGGCUUGGAGAUCGCAAGGAGUGAAUAACGCUGACCUCAUUAGACAACUUCAAGAAAAUAGGUUUAUCAGAUCCAAGUUGGUGGCUCAAGCAAUGAAGAAAACUGAUCGCAAAUAUUACGUUCCGGAGCGCUCGAAGGCGUAUCUGGAUUCGCCACAACUCAUUGGCUAUGGCGCUACUAUUAGUGCACCGCACAUGCAUGCCUAUGCAAUGGAACUUCUCCGACUGAAUUUGACCCCGAAUAGUAAAGUAUUGGAUGUGGGCUCCGGGUCCGGUUACCUCACCGCUUGCAUGGCACGAUACAUUCAUCAAAAGCCAGCCGCUACUGGAUUCGUGGUCGGUAUCGAACACCAUCCACGUUUGGUGGAGCUGGGACGCAAGAAUAUUGGAAAAGAUGAUCAAUCGUUGAUCGAAACCGGGAAGGUGAUUCUCGUCGAAGGCGACGGUCGUCAGGGAUACCAACAGCACGCACCGUACGACUGCAUCCACGUUGGAGCGGCUGCACCCGAAACACCACAAGAGCUUAUCAAUCAGCUGAAACCAGGCGGAAGACUUAUUGUCCCGGUUUGUGUCGAUGACGGAAAGCAACAGUUGAUGCAGUACGAUAAGGGAUCGGAUGGAACUAUAUUCCAAACUAAACUGAUGGAUGUCAACUACAUCCCCUUGACGGAUCUUCAACAUUGAAACGAACGACAUGAGUUGUCCUCCAUUAUAAGCUUC